GGCCGCUCGCUCCGGUGGCCUUCUCCCGCGUCAGAGUUUUCUUUGGAAAGUUGGUUUAUUUUCUUCCCUUGUCUCAGCCUCGCCGGAAAGGGGCAGGGAUCUGAGCGUUGACAUCUGUGCCCGCUGAGGCCCCCCACGAUGAUAGGCGGUUAGCAUGGCUGAGAAACCAGACCUGCAGAGAGGGCCCGCAGAAGUGGGUUUCCGGCUGAGUCCUCGGCGGUCGGUGGCAGCCAGGAGGAGAGGCCUCAGCGUCCGCAGCGGGGCAGAGACGGAGCCGUUCUGGAGUGCGUGAACGGGCCGGAGCCCCACCCGCCUGGUCCGGCAUGCUCCAGAGGCUGUGGGCAAGCCGCCUGCUGCGGCAUCGGAAGGCCCAGCUCCUGCUGGUCAACCUGCUGACCUUCGGCCUGGAGGUGUGCCUGGCGGCAGGCAUCACCUACGUGCCGCCCCUGCUGCUGGAAGUGGGGGUGGAGGAGAAGUUCAUGACCAUGGUGCUGGGCAUUGGUCCCGUGCUGGGUCUGGUCUCGGUCCCGCUGCUUGGCUCAGCCAGUGACCACUGGCGUGGGCGCUACGGCCGCCGGAGGCCCUUCAUCUGGGCCCUGUCCCUGGGCGUCCUGCUGAGCCUCUUCCUCAUCCCGAGGGCCAGCCGGCUGGCAGGGCUGCUGUGCCCGGACACCAGGCCGCUGGAGCUGGCGCUGCUGAUCCUGGGCGUGGGGCUGCUGGCCUACUGCGGGCAGCUGUGCUUCACGCCCCUGGAGGCCCUGCUCUCCGACCUCUUCCGGGACCCAGACCACUGUCGCCAGGCCUUCUCUGUCUACGCCUUCAUGAUCGGCCUGGGCGGCUGCCUGGGCUACCUCCUGCCCGCCAUCGACUGGGACGCCAGCGCCCUGGCGCCCUACCUGGGCACCCAGGAGGAGUGCCUCUUUGGCCUGCUCGCGCUCAUCUUCCUCACCUGCGUGGCGGCCACAGCGUUUGUGGCCGAGGAGGCGGCCCUGGGCCCCACCGAGCCUGUGGAAGGGCUCUCCGCCCCCUCGGUGCCGCCCUGCUGCCCGUGCCGCGCCCGCCUGGCCCUGCGGAGCCUGGGCACCCUCUGUCCUCGGCUGCGCCGGCUCUGUUGCCGCAUGCCCCGCGCCCUGCGCCGGCUCUUCAUGGCGGAGCUGUGCAGCUGGAUGGCGUUCAUGACGUUCACGUUAUUUUACACGGACUUUGUGGGCGAGGGGCUGUACCAGGGCGUGCCCGGGGCCGAGCCAGGCACGGAGGCCCGCAGACACUAUGACGAAGGCGUCCGGAUGGGCAGCCUGGGGCUGUUCCUGCAGUGUGCCAUCUCCCUGCUCUUCUCCCUGGUCAUGGACCGGCUGGUGCAGCGGUUCGGCACCCGGGCGGUCUACCUGGCCAGCGUGGUGGCCUUCCCCGUGGCGGCCGGCGCCACGUGCCUGUCCCGCAGCCUGGCGGUGGUGACUGCCUCGGCUGCCCUCACCGGCGUCACCUUCUCUGCCCUGCAGAUCCUGCCCUACACGCUCGCCUCCCUCUACCACCGCGAGAAGCAGGUUUUCCUGCCCAAGUACCGGGGAGACGACGGAGGCGGUGCCGGCGAGGACGGCGUGAUGACCAGCUUCCUGCCGGGCCCCAAGGCCGCGGCGCCCUUCCCGCACGGACACGGGGGACCUGGCGGCCUGCUGGCAGCCCCGCCCGCUCUCUGCGGGGCCUCCGCCUGCGACAGCUCCGUGCGCGCCGUGGUGGCUGAGCCGCAGGAGGCCAGGGCAGUCCCGGGCCGCGGCAUCUGCCUGGACCUGGCCAUCCUGGACAGCGCCUUCCUGCUGUCUCAGGUGGCCCCGUCUCUGUUCAUGGGCUUCAUCGUUCAGCUCAGCCAGUCCGUCACUGCCUACAUGGUCUCGGCGGCAGGCCUGGGUCUGGUUGCCAUUUACUUUGUCACGCAGGUAGUAUUUGACAAGAAUGACUUGGCCAAAUACUCUGUGUAGGGUACUUGCCAGGCACGGAGGGCGGAGGGCCUGCCUCCCCGGUCCCGGCUCUCCCUGCCCAACCUCUUGGGGUCGGGGCUGGCCUUGCCCUUUCUACUGCUGCCAAAGUGGUUGGUGUGGCUCUCCGCUGCCUCCCGGUGGCAGCGAGGUGCUUCUUCCCUCCCAGCUCUAAGCAAAUCUUGAGGGCCGGCUGGCUUGGUAACUCUUCAGAGGGCUUCAGUCUGGACUUCUUUAAGGGGAGACGGGCAGGGCAUUUAAGUAAGUCCAUGCACUGGAAUGCAGGACUCUGCCGGGGGAUCACCCAGGCUCAGGAUGGACAGCUAGUGUCCUGGUCAAGAUGCACCCAGUGAAGGGACUGGGGUAAAUCCCAAAUUUGAGUAAAUGCAGCCACCUGUUCUGGCACCAAGGGCCUUUAUCCAGUAGGCUCUCCCAUUGUCGCUCCUGCACGGGUGUUUCUACUGUGAGACUGCAGGAUUUGCAGGUAUGAAAAGGACUUGGGGGAGCACAAUCCUGAGGGGCGAAGGCAAGCUGCCCUGCCCUCCAGCACCCCUUCUGCUAUUCUCCGUCCCCUACAUUUUAUUAGGACUUUGCUUGUUGGCCCCUGUGGUGCCAUCACAGGGACCCCAGUUUUUAAAUAUUUAACUUAUUUAUUUAAGUAGAAGGGGAAUCAAGGUGUCUAGGGGUUGGGUAGGAUGAGAUCCUCGGCGACUAGGUCCCCUGAGAUGGUUGGUUAUUGGGCUGAGGGUUGCCAGAAUCUCCUUCUCCUGGAGGGAUUGGUCUGGCCCCCAAACUGCCUAAUCCUGAGCUUGCAAGCUCUCCUCAUCCCAACUGAUAACCCCAGCUCCUGGUACCCGAAGUGGGGAGGGCUGGGGAAUGUGAAGGGUGGCGCUCCAGGUCUCAGCCGCCUCCCUAGCACCCCGCACCCCAUGACCCUUCCAGCCCCCAAACCCCCCACCCCCUCUAGGCCUGGGCUGCCCAAGCCCAUCUUUCCCCGCCGCUCCACAGCCCCAUCCUUGGGGCUGUUUUGGGACCAGAAGCACAGAGUGUGGCUCCUUGCGCCUUGACCCGUCUCAGCCCCCAGGGCAUAUCUGUGCUUGAGGACUCUAGCACAGAAACUCAGGAGCACCCCCUGCCUGGGCUAAGGAGGUCUUAUCUCUCUGGGGGUUUAAGUGCCGUUUGUAAUAAUGUCACGUCUUAUUUAUUUAGCGGAGUAAAUAUUUUAUGCUGUAUGUGAGCAAUCAGAGUAUAAUGUUUAUGGUGAUGAAAUUAAAGCCUUCUAUGUUUCA